GUGCUUCAGGCCCGCCAAAUGGGAGGGGGAGACGCAAGAUGGCGGCAGCCGUGAACUCCGGCUCCAGCCUCCCGCUGUUCGACUGCCCGACUUGGGCAGGUAAACCACCACCCGGCUUACAUCUGGAUGUGGUGAAAGGAGACAAGCUAAUUGAGAAGCUGAUUAUUGAUGAGAAAAAGUAUUACUUAUUUGGGAGGAACCCCGAUCUGUGUGACUUCACCAUCGACCACCAGUCAUGCUCUCGAGUCCACGCAGCCCUGGUGUACCACAAGCACCUGAAGAGAGUUUUCUUGAUAGACCUCAACAGCACACAUGGCACUUUCUUGGGUCACAUUCGGCUGGAACCUCACAAGCCUCAACAGAUUCCCAUCGAUUCUACGGUCUCAUUCGGCGCAUCCACGAGGGCAUAUACUCUGCGAGAGAAGCCUCAGACAUUGCCAUCGGCUGUGAAAGGAGAUGAGAAGAUGGGCGGGGAGGAUGAUGAACUCAAGGGCUUGUUGGGACUUCCCGAAGAGGAGACCGAGCUGGAUAACCUGACAGAGUUCAACACUGCCCACAACAAGCGGAUUUCAACCCUCACUAUUGAGGAGGGGAACCUGGACAUCCAGAGACCAAAGAGGAAGAGGAAGAACUCGAGGGUGACCUUCAGUGAGGACGAUGAGAUCAUCAACCCAGAGGACGUGGAUCCGUCUGUUGGUCGAUUCCGGAACAUGGUGCAGACUGCAGUGGUUCCAGUCAAGAAGAAGCGGAUGGAGGGCUCUGGCUCUCUGGGCCUGGAGGAGUCGGGGAGCAGGCGCAUGCAGAACUUUGCCUUCAGUGGAGGACUAUAUGGGGGCCUGCCCCCCACACACAGUGAAACGGGCUCCCAGCCGCAUGGCAUUCAUGGGACAGCGCUCAUUGGUGGCUUGCCCAUGCCAUACCCGAACCUCGCCCCUGAUGUGGACUUGACUCCUGUUGUGCCAUCAGCAGUGGCCAUAAAUCCCACACCAAACCCUGCAGUCUAUAACCCUGAGGCUGUGAAUGAACCCAAGAAGAAGAAAUACGCGAAGGAGGCUUGGCCGGGCAAGAAGCCCACACCUUCCUUACUGAUUUGAUAUUUUGGUUAUGGAGAGGGUGGGGAGGGGGGUGGAGGGGUGACAAGGGGAGCUACUGAACUAAGGAGAAAACUUUCCAUGUGUGCAGUAUCGUCUUUCAGAAAGUCUCCUGAGGCCCCAACCAUGUAAUACUGAGACCAGGGGCGGGGCUAAAGUACCAGUAAGGACUGAGUCAGACAGCUUGAAGUGUAGAGAGAGGCUUCCCAGGCCCUUCUGAGCAGACUGCCCUGGCGCUGUCCCUGUGCCACCUAUUAGGACUGUUUUAUGUGAAGUCGCUCAUGGGAGGCAUCUGGAGCAAUGAGAGGGUGGAGCCUCCUUAAUUAAUAUUCCCUUCCCUCGGGAGAACCAGGUAACAGAGCAGUUGCAUAGAUACCAGGUUGGUUGACACUGUUCAUUUAAACCACGGUAAAGGAAUGUCCUCUUGUGCCUGUGGUUUUGAGAUCUAAUAGGCCAUUCUGUAUCCUGUCUGGUGGCAUGAGGCCAUUUUGAGUUCCCCUCAUCUCUAGUCAGUGUCACAGGACAGGCUAAUGGGUUUGUACAGUAUUGUUGGACUUUACCUAUGUUUCUUGUCCACACUGAAAACUCAUUUAGUUCCAGUGCAGCCUCCUCCCUGUGGCCUCACUGUUGGUGUGUGCCCAGAGGCAGUUCCUUAAGGAGCGAGCAGUUGGGGCAGUUCCUGGUGAACAGGAAGACUACUGCAAGGACCAGGUGUGUGUUAGGAGAACACGGCUCAGUUUUGGUUUGGAGGCUCCCCUCCCCUGACCCCCCUCACCCCCCAUGGAGAGUUCUUCAGCUCUCCAGAAUAGACCUGGCUAACAGGAGACAAGGUAGGAACCAUUGUACGAGCUUUGUACAGAUUUGUACAUUUGUGUAAUAGGCCUUUUCUGCUUUAAGUGUAGCUUUUUACCUGUAACCUUUAUUACAUUGUAAAUUAAAUGUAACUUUUGUCAA